GUCUAGUUUAAAUCUCGGAGUUACAUUUAGUCCAUCAACUGGUAACAACAAUUCAGGUCCUUCAACGUUAAAUAAAAGGGUUAGAAGAAAGCCAGAAUAUUUGAAAGAUUAUGAUUUAGAUAUCUAAAUCAUACUGGUGUUUUAAAAAAAAAAAAUAGAAUAAAUUAAAAAUAUUCCUCAUUUUUAGGACAGAAUAUAAUCAACGACUUGAUUAUCAUUUGUGUAUAUAUAUCAAGGUAUAUUGGUUUUAUGACUUAAUAUUCCUAUUUCUCUUGGGUCUCCUAAUUACAAUAGUGUGUUUAUGUAUUAAUAAACAUAUAGUUUUUUUUUAGAAAAAAUGUGUAUCAUGAAGUUUUAUUACCAAUAUUUACUAUAUGUUAUAUUUUAUAAUAUUAUGUAGUUCAUGAUGGAGGAUGAAUUCAUACCAGAUUAUGAAUUUGGAUCAGACAUCGAACCACCAAGUCCGCCUAAAAUUCAAGGAGCCACCAAAAGUAAAAAAGGCAAACCAUGUCCUGUAUGCUUGGCAAAAUUUACGCAUGUUAAACGGCAUAUUAUUAAAGAUCAUUUACCUUGGUAUGCUUCACCAUCGACAUGUUGUUCGGUUUGUCAUAUUAACUUUGGACAAACACAUUUUUUGGAUUUACACAAUCAGAAAAAUCACAACAACAAUUAUACUUCUCAACAUUUUGAUAUUUUUUGGGUUGAUUUCAUGUUUGGUCUUUUGUUACGCAUAAUUCAGAUUCUGAAAUUGGAAAACUUUGAAAACUUGUACAAAUUUAUCAACAACGAUGAGCGCUUUGAAUGUUGCCAGGGAUCAGUGUUUAGUGAUGAAGAUUCAGUAGUUGGAGAAAAAUUUCUUAAUCACAAGUUCUCUGGUGAAAAAAUACCAUUGGUUCCAUAUCCUGUUACAAAUGCAGCUUGUCUAUUACAUUGGAAAAUUUUAAGUAUCUUAAUUAAUUUGUCAAAUAGUGCUGAAUUACUUACAAAAGUGUUCAAAAAAUAUGUUGUGUGGAUAUUAGGUUCUUCAUUUGUAUACUGGAGUGAAAAGCGAGCACCUGAAUUAGGAGUCAAAAACUUAGAGUUUGAUAAAGAUGUUCUUGAGAUUUUUUGGAAAGGUGUUAGAGGAAUGAAGUGGGAGAGUUUAAUAGAUAUCAUUGAAUUUUGUAAAUCAAAAUUUCCAAACCCAGAUUUCAUUAUAAUCCAUCUUGGUUCCAAUGAUAUAAAAUUUGCAUGCUCAAAAAGGUUAUUUUCACAAAUUCAGAGGGAUUUAAAUGCUGUUAUGAAAGAAUUUUCUUGGAGUCAUAUUUUAUUUUCAGAAAUACUUUCUAGGCUUGUUUGGCGGAACUUAAAAUGGACAGAAGGGGAGAAAGAAAGAACGAUUAUUAAUUCAGAAGUUAAAAAAAUCUUAGAUAGAGAACAUUUCAUACAUCAUCCAAAAAUUAUUGCAAGAAAAUCAUAUUUGUUCAGAGAUGAUGGUGUUCAUCUUUCUGACAUAGGAAAUGAUUAUUUGAUAGAGGAUUUUAAGCUUAGGAUAAAGCACUUCAUUGAAUAG